AUGGAAGCAACAAAGGCUCUUAUCUGCAUCUCUGAAGUGCACCAUGCUGAAGUUGUUGAGGCCAAGGAAUAUGUGUCUCGGCGCAUCCAGGAAGAUUAUGGGGCCAUUACCUUUUCAGAGACAUAUGACAAGAUGCCUGGUCUUGACCUAUCCCUCGUCACUCAUCAUCUGGACACUUUUCCCAACUCUAAAUCGAUCAAGCAGCACGCUCGAAAGUAUCACCCUGAUCUUGAAGCAAAGAUUAAAGCAGAGAAGAAGAAUGGUCAGAUCAGGGUCUGCGUAGACUUUCGUGACCUGAAUAAGGCUUGCCUGAAAGAUGAGUUUCCAUUACCCCAUGUCAAUACACUUGUUGAUUCAAUUGCGGGACAUCAGAUGUUCUCUUUCAUGGAUGGGUUCAGUGGUUAUAACUAG